AUGUCCUGCACGGCGUCGCAGAAAUACCUGAGCUCCAGGGGAGGCUCGUACGGGUUCUCCUUCGAAGAGGUUGUCCUCAAAGGCCUUGCAUCUGACGGCGGCCUGUUUAUCCCGGAAGAAAUCCCUUCUUUGCCCGCCGACUGGGAGACCAAAUGGCGCAACUAUAGCUUCCAGGAGCUGGCCUUCGAGAUCCUGUCGUUGUACAUCUCUCCCUCUGAAGUUCCGACGGAUGACCUCAAGGAUAUAAUUGCUCGUAGCUACGGGACAUUUAGGUCUCCGGAUAUCACGCCCCUAGUCACAUUGGACGAGCAGAAGCGACUAUAUCUUCUAGAGUUAUUCUGUGGACCAACCUUUGCUUUUAAAGAUGUGGCAUUGCAAUUCCUUGGAAAUCUGUUUGAAUACUUCCUCGUGCGACGGAAUGAGGGUAAAACCGGCAAGGACCGUCAUCACCUUGUAGUCAUCGGCGCUACGAGUGGAGAUACCGGUUCAGCUGCUAUAUAUGGACUACGCGGAAAGAAGGACGCUUCCGUAUUCAUUCUACAUCCAAAGGGCAAAGUUUCACCUAUCCAAGAAGCCCAAAUGACAACCGUGUUGGAUCCAAAUGUUCACAAUAUCAGCGUCGAAGGCUCCUUUGAUGACUGUCAGGAUAUGGUCAAGGCACUAUUUGCGGACCCUGAGAUCAAUAAGACGUACAAACUAGCUGCUGUGAACUCGAUAAACUGGGCGCGCAUCCUAGCUCAAAUCACCUACUACUUCCACUCCUAUUUCUCCCUUAUUCGAUCUCCCACUUACGUCAAGGGGAAGCCUGUUCGCUUCGUUGUGCCAUCGGGCAACUUUGGUGACAUUUUGGCCGGCUGGUUCGCAAAGCAGAUGGGCCUUCCUGCAGAGAAACUUGUCAUUGCCACCAACGAGAAUGAUAUUCUCAACAGGUUCUUGAAAACCGGCCAGUACACGAAGCAAGCGCAAACCCAGGAAUCAAAAGAUUCACCUGCCGUUAAGGAAACAUGGAGCCCGGCUAUGGAUAUCCUGGUAUCUAGCAACUUUGAACGACUACUCUGGUUCCUUGCCUUCAACACCUACGGACAAGGGGAUGUAGACGAGAAGCGCAAAAUAGCCGGCAACACCGUCCGGGGCUGGCUGCAAGAGCUCUCUAGCAAGGGUGGAUUUGGAGUCGACAAGAAGAUAUUAGAAGCUGCUCAGCAAGAGUUUGAGAGCGAGCGGGUAUCAGACGAACAAACCAUCGAUACCAUCCGUUCCGUAUACUCGACCUGCUUCCCACCCGCUCCCGCUAGCGCUGGCACCAGAGGAGAGGCAGGGGGUUACAUUCUCGACCCUCACUCAGCUAUUGGAGUUGCGGCUUCGCAGCGGUCGAUAUCCCGAUACCCAGACGCGUUCCACAUUUCUCUAUCGACGGCGCAUCCGGCCAAAUUCGCUGAAGCCGUCGAUGCAGCUCUCCGAAACGAAAAGGGAUAUUCAUUCGAUAAUGUCCUUCCUCCAGAGUUUGUGGGGCUCGAGAAGAAGGAACGCCGUGUCAUCUCUGUGCCGGCUGGAGCUACCUGGAAGACCGUUGGGGAGGUCAUUAACUCUAAUGUUUCUGUUUAG